AUGCCGCCGAAGAGGCCUGUGCAGCGAAGUGAAUUUCACCAGGUCCGGCUGCAGGAGCACAUACGUGACCUGGAAAGUACUCUGCACUCAACUGUCACAGAGCACCAAGCUCAGAAGUCGUACUUUGUGCCGACACUGGUGUCACUGUGUGCUGAUGUUAUUGCGGGUAACUUUGCUACUCUCACUGCUGCAGAUUCUUUGCAUGAGUCUCACCGGAAGCUGUAUGACAUGGUGAUUGAGAGGCUUCCAACGGAUAUCCCCCUGUCUGUGAGCGUUCCACGUGUUACCUACGACUCAUACUGGCGCCGCUGCUGUGAAGCGCGGUGGUCAUUUGGGCAGUUGAGUGAGCGGACAUGUGGGAGGCUUGUGCCGCCGGAGAAUGGCGGAUGGAAACAGUUUUAUCUUGAGCACGUGCUUAGCGACUUUCUGAGCGGCCUGCGCUCGCCCGAGAUUGACGAUGAGGAGGGGCAGGAGCUCGAUCGGCUCUGUUCCAUGUGCAGGGACUAUGUGUACGACCUCGAGCUACCAUGCCAGGUUACGCGGUUUGAUCUGUACGAGCACCUGCUCUCGCGCCUGCCGCAUCUCUUGCACCUGCGCCUCACGUUUGGUGUCAAUAAUGUUGGGACCGACUUCGACGGGUGGAUGAUUGGAUUUGGCGAGGCCGACGCGUUAAAUGUGCGGCAUGCACUCAACCGUUACCCGAAGCUGCGCUCCCUGGGACUCCCCAACAAUCGUCUGAACAGCCCGCUGCUGAAGAAAAUCCUUGGCGGCCUCGUGCGCAACACAACCAUCACAGUUCUUGAUCUAUCGUCGAACCGCAUUGACGACGAUGGGGCGCAGCAGCUCGCACUUCUGCUGUGCAAGCCAGACCUGCCACUCGAAGAACUGUACUUGCAUGACAACCACAUCCGUGGGGAGGGGGCGGUGGCGCUUGGUGAGGCAUUGACGAUGAACACUACGCUGCGUGUGCUGAAUCUUCGCCUCAAUCGCAUUCCUGACGAGUCUGGUGGCGUUGCCCUUGUUAAUGGGUUGGCGUCUCACAGCACACUGGAGGUGGUUGACCUCUCACACAACGUUCUGGGUGACGCGACUGCGCGAGCACUCGCGGAUGUUCUGCCAAAGCAGCGGACGUUGCUUUCGUUGAACAUUGCCGGCAAUAAGGCACUGGGUGUGCACACGAGCGAACUGCUGUUACAGGCACUGCGGGAGAAUACCACGUUGCGCUUUUUCGACGCCCGUGGUAGUGGUGUGGAACCAGAGUGCUUGGCAGCCAUGGAGCGCCACGUACAGGAUGGUGUGCAGGCCCUCAAGUCCCAUGAGGUUGAGGUAAAGGAAGAGGAGCAGCGACAAAGGAUAGAGCAUGACGUUGAGGCAAAGCUGUUAAAGACUUACUGUGUACAGUAG